AUGGAGGAGAACUCCCCACCAGGCUCCUCUGACAGCACCUUCCAAACCUACAAACACAAUGGGAUGGGAGUGGAGGUUAUAGCAACACUGGCUGGAGCUGCUAUUCAAGGUCAGAUUGUGGGAGCAUAUCACGUACAAACUGCUGAAACGUGCCGCAUGAUGCAGAAUGGAACAGAACUCAACAGCACCUCCCCGUUGGUAAACAGCCUCAAUAACACGAAAUGGGCUUACAUGCUGGCAGCCAUGGUGAUUGGGAGCCUUUACUUUCUCUGUUCGUUGAUUCUGUUACUUGGAGUAAAGGAGCACACAGGAUGUUUUGCUCCAAAAGAUCAUUUCCAUAUGUCAUAUGUAACAGGCCUGAAGCUGGUAAUGAGUCACAAGCCAUACCUAAGCCUGACAUUUGGCUUUUUAUUUAUCUCAUUAGCUUUUCAGCUCGUCCAGAAUAACUUUGCUCUGUUUUGCACCCACGCUGCUGGUUUGGGAAAUCACUUUCAGCACAUCAUCUUUGUGAUUCUGGCCUGCACUAGAUUCCAGCUAACUCUGAAUGCUGUUCAACAGGUUCAUGUUAUCCUGAAACUCUGGAAAAGUGGGUUUAGUGUUGAUGAUGGUGAGCUGAGAAAUUACACUGAUCCUGCCAAUGCCCAGUUCCUGGAAGCUAUUAGGCGAGGUGAGAUUCCGCUGGAACUGCGACGACUGGCCCGAGGUGGGCAGGUGAACCUGGACAUGGAAGAUCACAGAGAUCAAGAGUUUGUAAAAACCAGGGCUGCAUUUAAGGCAUUUGGUGGAGAAGGACAAAAGUUAGGGAGUGCCACACCUCAGCUAGUCACUACAACUUCUCCAGCACAACAAGCAGAAAAUGAAGCAAAGGCAAGUUCUUCUGUUAAUGUAAAUGAAUUGCAACCAACCACUAGUAUCCAGAUACGGCUUGCAGAUGGAGGGCGUCUUGUUCAGAAGUUCAAUCACACGCAUAGUGUUCAGGAUAUUCGACAUUUCAUUAUUGAUGCCCGUCCGGCUUUGGCGUAUACUCCUUUUGUGCUGAUGACCACCUUCCCCAGCAAAGAGCUGACAGAUGAGAAUAAGACCCUGAAAGAUGCCAAUCUGCUGAAUGCUGUAAUAGUGCAGAGGCUGAAAUGAAUGCACUUCUCCAUCAAACCUCAUGUUUGUGGAGUAUUUGAACUGUUCGGACUUUGUUAGUUUAACUCACUGGUUGUGAUAAAUUGGAGAAAAUGCUUUUAAAUGAAACUGUUUACCCUUGGGGUUACUGAAGUGAUAACAUGUGAGCAUUCAGUUACACAGCUUUAUGCGUGACUUUGUGAUAUAAACCUUAAUUGCGUAUUUUGAUUUGUAACUUUUUUUGCAAUUUUUAAGUGAAAAUACUAUACAUUAAAAGUUCAAAUUCACAAAUAUAAGUUGAUGCGAUCCUACUAACUUCUACUUUCCUGUGACUGCUGUUGUAUUGUGGAUAGGGUUGCAACUUGACUGAAAAUUGCAUUCUAAUGUUCAUUUCAAAUUUAAAACAUUCUAUGUUGUGAAAUGGGUCAUGUAUCCAGCAUUGUUCAUUUUGUACAUUACUGCAUCAAAUGAAUGAUCUGAGCAGAA